GAGGGGCGGGGUGUAAAGAUGGGAUUUUACGGUCCGAUCUUCUCUCAAUUAAGAAUCAGUAGUGCUGCAUCCUGCUGAAGUUCAGGUGAAAGAUUAAUUGAACUAUGGCACCUGGACCAGAAGACUCCACCCAGGGUGGCGUGCUCGUCCGCCUCCUUCAGCUGCCCAUGGUCAGCGCCACCCGCCAGGUCCUCCAGGAAACCUACAGCAGCACGAAGCAGACGCACCCGCUCAUCUGCACCGUCUGCGGGGUCUACGAGCGCGGGGCCAGAAAGGCGGGCAGCCUGGCCGUGUGGACCAUCCAGCCAGCCAUCCACAGGCUGGAGCCGCACAUUUCAGCUGUCGAUGUCCUGGCCUGCAAAGGGCUCGAUCGACUGGAGGAGAAGAUACCAGCUCUGCAGUACCCCCCCGAUAAACUGGCCGCUGGCAUCGCGGAGAUGGUGACCUCCACCGUGCAGUCUGCCCGCGAGGGUAUCUCCAGGCCCUUCGCUAGUACCUCGGACAAGGCCUUGGGCGUCGCCUCCAGCGGCUACCAGCUCACCUGGAGUGCCGUGAGCGGUGGGGUGAAUUACGUGCUGAACAGCGCCCCCGUGCGGCUAGCUGGGGAGGGGGCCGACGCCGCCCUUACCCUGACCGAGCACCUCGUCAGCUACAUCCUGCCUGCGUCUGCAGAGGAAAUGGAGAAGGAAAUGUCCUGGCAGCCGGAGUCUGACACUAGCGACGACACCUUCCAGCCCAACUACAAGCGGCUGGGUUCCCUCCUUGCCGUCGUCGGCCGGCGUGCGUAUGACAGGACGGCACGGGGAAUCCAGCACACUGGUGCUCACGGGCGCAACCUGGCCCUCAGCAUUCCGGGGGUUUCCCCGUUGGCUGGUUUCACCUGGAGGAACCUGGAGAAGGCUGGGGUCUUGGCUCUUGGCCUCCAGAACUCAGUGGUGGGCCUGGUAGCUGGGACGGUGAAACAAAGCAACAAGGAGAAGAGGAAGAAGGAGGGCGAGCUGCUGAAGCCCCCUGGGCCAAGCGCAGAGGAGGGGGCAGAAGCGGUCCCCCCCAGCAAGGGCAACGUGCCCCGUAAUCAGGUGUCCAACGGCAGUGCCCAGGAGCAGAAAGAUGACGCAGGAGGCCCGGCUGGCGAAGAGGGACCAGCCAGGCCUUAUGACGCCACGCGCCAGUCCCACCAGCAGAAGGCGCCCGAGUCGAAAGGGUCACAGGGUGGUCCCCGCUCUACCAGCAUGCCCCCCCCCACCUCGCACACCGUGGCCAAGAAGGAAUGAAGAUCCUCUGGGGGAUGGGGCAUGGGCCAGGAUGGGGGGGGGGGGUGAUUGCUCGAGGCUACAGGGAUCCAUCUGUACCUGGCUUUGCUGUAGCUGUGCUUUGUUCUGCAGGUCUGACAGGAGGAGGCAUGGUGUUGGGUUUAAGGUUAAAAAAAAAAAAAAAAAAGGAUUCUAUCUGGGCACCCCUGCAGUGCCCGUUGUGGGGGGUGGGGGUUUCGAGGUUUGAGUAGAAUGAUGGCUGCUGGGGGAGAGCUGACAGGGGUAGCUUCUGCACCUGCUAUGCUAAACGGUUAGCGAAAUGUAGCGCGUCAAGGGAACGUGCAACGUUACUGAUGAAGGGACGCACCAGCCGGCCGCACAUGAUACCCAAGCAGAGGCACGGCGAUGUAUUAAUGCUUAUGAAUUGUGGUGAAAUAUUUACGAAAGAGUGCUUCUGUGACUACGAACAACCUGUGUUUGGCUGUUAGUUAGCUUGCACCUUUCACCAAUCUCACCACCCACUAAAGAAAACUAACAAUGACAUGUGAGUUGGAAUAAUGGGGUCUAAUUUUCCUGGGGAGGGAUUGUCUGGGGGGUGGGGGGGCUUUUGCACUUUUUUUUUUUGUCAAUGUUAUGUAUGUUCACAGUGUGGGAGGGGUGUCUGGUCUCUCCAAGGGAGCAGAACGUGAGCGAGGGGCUGGUGAUAAGUCCGCGUGAGCGGUAACGCUUCGGUGUUGUAUUCGACAAGUGAACACACAGCUUACGAAAUCACUCUGUAUUGGUUCAUCUGGGAAAUAAAAUCUUUUUUACACUUA